AUGUCAACUCCCAAUUCAACAAUCUCAACAGCCAGAAGAUGGUGGCAUCGUGGCUCAGCCGAUCAUGGCUGGUUAAAGACAUUUCAUACGUUCUCAUUUGCAUCAUACUAUAAUCCACAAUGGAUGACAUUCGGUUGUCUAAGGGUCGUAAAUGAAGACAGAGUGGCAGCAAAGACUGGAUUUCCAACUCAUCCUCACAAUAAUGCAGAAAUCUUUUCGUACAUCAUCAAUGGUAAAUUAACACACAAAGACAGCAUUGGAAACGUGGAAACCUUACAGCGAGGAGAAGUUCAAUUCACAAGCGCAGGAAGUGGAAUACGACAUAGUGAAUAUAACGAUCAUCCAAACGACGAAUGUCAUUUCUUGCAAAUUUGGUACACACCUCGUCAACGUAACCUUCCACCAAAGUAUUACACCCUACCGCAAGUCAAAGAUGAAGAAAAGACAAACAAGCUCAUGACACUCAUUCGUGAUGUGGACACCUUUACGCCAGAGGAGCGCGAAAAGACUGGUUUGUUACCUGUUGGACGUGCUAUUCCGGCACAUUGCAGUUUGACCACAAGAACAUCGAUCUUGACUCCCGGUAAUUCUGUCAAGCAUAUCUUAGGUCAUGAAUCCAAACAGAGUGCAGGUGAACGAUGGUCAUUCAUUCAUCUAGCAAUGACGAGCGGAUACAAAGAUCCAAAUGCGUUGAAGAAACAGGUACAGAAAGAUAUCGCAGGAUACACACAACAUAAAGAUCGACUGGAGCAUGCUGCUCGAUACUGUAAAUCUGUGUAUGGCGUUACACCAAAUUUGACUGGUGAUGCAAGCAAAGGUCAAGUGAACAAAUUGAAGGCUACAGAUCCAGAGAAGGCAAGGGUUACGCUCACGUAUGCACAAAGUCGGGACGGUAAAAUUGCAGGAGAGAAUAAAAAGAUGUUGGCGUUGAGUAAUGCGGAAAGUAUGAUUAUGACACAUUCAUUACGCAUCCUACACGAUGGCAUCUUGGUUGGUGUCAAUACCCUAAUCAACGAUAAUCCACAAUUGAAUGCUAGACUGCUCAACCCUUUGCUUGAUGGGAAAGAGGUGCCGCUAGAUGCCCUUCCACGUCCUAUCGUCAUUGACAGUAAACUCAGAACACCUUUGGAUUGUAAAUUGCUCAACAAUGCAAGACAAGGUACCGGCAAGAAACCACUAAUCUUUACUUCAGCUAAUGGCGAAGAAGCGAAAGCCACAGCUCUACGUGAAGCUGGAGCAGAGGUGGUCAAGGUGACAACAGACGCAAACGGACAUCUAUCAUGGUCCGAUCUGCUCACCGCUCUUCGUCAAGAACAUCAAAUCGAAAGUGUGAUGAUUGAAGGUGGAGCAACGGCCAUCGAAAGUUUACUUGCUGCUCAUGCAGAACAAACUCUGAUUAACGAAUUGAUCGUUACUGUGGCACCCAACAAUGUCGGAGAAAAGGGUCUGUCUUACCGAGCACCAAAAUGGGUGACAAAACAAACAUUACCAAAAGAAAAGAAUGCAAAUUCGCUCGCCAAUACCAAUAGCUUGGCACCUUUGCAAUGUGACCCACAAAUGUUCCAGUCUGACGUCAUUUUGACUUGGUCUCAAGGCAAGAAUGACAAGGAAGAAGCUCAAAUUCGGAUAGGAGAUCAAUUGCUCAGCGAAGGUGAUGGCGUUUUCUUGAGAGGUGGACAAGUGGGUGAAGAGGUUGAGAUUACCAACGUAGGAGAUCGUAAUGCUGAGUUCCUUCUGUUCGACAUCGAGCCAGAGGAAGGUGAUGACUAUUAA